AUUGGGUUUAUGUGAACAAAACAAAUAAGGUUUCCACUCAAUUUACUUUAAUUAAGUAAAGUAGAGGACUAAAAUAACCAGAGUAUUGAGGAAAACGUGCUUUCCUCUAUUUUCUCUUUAUGGGUCAAUCACAUCUCUAGUAUUUUUCCAUCAGCUGUCAAAGGCAAAAUUCCUGUUGCUUCAACAUUUAUCAAACCAAUACAUCACUGAGGUAUGUUACCAACAAGUGAUUGCAGAAUGUGAAAUAAUACACAAUUCAAAUCGUUAUACUUCUCCCUGUUUCCGAACUGGCGUGGCCUGUUUCUGCAGGCAUUGUGCAGAAUGUGAGUUCACGUCAUACCAACAGUCUGCAUCGACUGAACUAGCCUUAACACAAAAUUGCUUAAAUAACGAAGGCAUUUCAGAAGCUUACAAGGUAAACAUGUUGGCUGACUGCCAGAGAGAUGUUAUUAUUAUUAUUGCAAUGUGUCUCUUAUUUUGUCCAAAUCCAUUUGAACAUUUUAGUCAAUCGGAACCUUUUUGCGGCUGCAGGAAGUUGUGUGGUGGUUCAAGUCUUGAGUAAACCCAUCCCUUCUUUUUGCAAACUGCAGUGGUGACAUCGAAUAGGAUUGACGGCGUACACUCUGUGACGACGGGGACAGAAUGUGUUUGUGGUCGCCGUAUGACGGCACGGUGCGAAAGUAUCGACUGAACUGUGCUGAUCUAACGUGAGAUUGGAAACCCGUUUCAGUCGAAGGCUUCGCCUCUAGAGCUGCACGUCCUUGUGAUUACACCCUCAACCAGAGGCUUUACGAGAACCGCUGCCGUGCUUUUGAGACCGGAGAUCGUUGUCAUCCUCAGAAACAGCAGUGAGUCUGCACACCGGUAUUUCACAGCUUCCUGUGUGGUGUGCAUCUUGUCAGUUCGAGCAAGAGGACUUCACACCAACACACUCUUCUGGUAAGUGACACCUUUUUUAGUGUUCCUCUCGCAGUGGAUCCACUUAAGAAUUGACUUAAGGAAGUUCAACUGUGGCUAAUAAACCACGUUUACACAUUUUUCAACUUUAGGACUUCUGCAUACCUAAUGCACUCAUUCUGGCAGCAGCAAUACCCGAUAGCCCAGGCUGGCACGUGUUCUUUUGUAGUGAAGUAGCACAGACGGCGAACCCUCUCGUAUCAUUCUUUUUUUUUCAAGAAAAGUAUUUCAAGUUUGAAACUCAAAUACCAAAGCUAAAUAUGUUCUGAGCAUCAUAACUCACUGAGCUGUUGAAGCAUUUUCCAAUGCUUCACAAUCAAGAAUCAGAUCCAGUAAUAGAGAGUAAUGUCGAACCCAGUGGUCACCAACCAGCCAGGCGCAGGCAGCUAUGGGACCAACGUCCAAACAGGAGAGUGGAGCACAGGCCUGUGCUCCUGCAGCUCUGACUGUUUUGUCUGUGCUCUCGGUUGCUUCUUCCCGGCUGUAUUGAGCUGCUACACGGCGAAUAAGUAUGGAGAAAGCUGCUGCUUGGGUUGUGUGCCAGGAGGCACGGCCGCCCUGAGGACUCAUAUGAGACUGACCUAUGGUAUUCAAGGAACAAUAACCAAUGAUGCCUUGAUGACCUUUUUCUGCGGGUGGUGCGAGCUGUGCAGGAUGGCGCGAGAAAUCCACAUCAGGAAUGGAGAAAUGUAAUCAUAAGAAGACAAAGGAUUCUGGCCCACAUUAUACAGUGUUUUCCUUUUGGUGAUGAUGUGGAGAUAGAUAGUUUGUUCUUAUAGCGGGCCUGGCUUUCAUGCUCGAUGCAAAUAAGGAAGGGCUAAUGAACAAUGUGUUUGAGUUCAUCAAUUGUAAUAUUUUAGCUGUAGCCUGAUGUGUGUCUGUCUAACUACAUGACAAAGUGCUUGUACGGAUCUGCAUUACUGUAAAUAAACUGCAUUAUUCAAUCACUCAUGACUAAUUACAUUUAAACAUGGGCCAUUUUGUACAACCCUGUCAAUAAAGAUAUAUGUUCUGACUUAUGUUGGUCAAGACAGUGGUUCCAAAAGU